CCACCAAAAGCGAGUCAUCAUUCUCUCAGCUACCGGUUCAAUCGGUCAGUUGAUGCCCAGCGACACCCACUGCUGGCCUGUCUGGCCGGUGACGUAGCCCAGCCGGCCCCACUGGAACUGGCAGUCGUCAUUGCCCUCCUCGUUGUUGAAGCCCUUGACCACCUCCAGCCCGUGUUGCCGCACCUCAUCCAGCCGGGCGCGAUGCACCACCUCGCGGAACCCCAGCCGCCUGUGUGUGUGGCGCUGCCCCGCGUCGACAGCGAAGCACUGCAGCUGCGGCACACGCACCAUCUGUCCGUCCGGCCCCCGGCUCCACCCGCCCACCACCUCCCGAUUGCUGACCGUCUUGGUCGCCGCCCACUCGACGAAAUGCUCGACGGCCCCCCGGACGCGCCGCUUGAUUGCCGAUGCGUUUGUGAGGUAGCUGUCGAUGGCGGUGAGUGCGGCGGGUGGGUCGUGCAGGAAGGCCCCGAUCUUCCAUGCGAUGGCGGCGGCCUCCUGUGGUCCGAAUGAGAGUGGGGAGAGGGAGGGCGGGUGGGGGAGGGAGGCGUCCUCGUCGUUGUGGUCCACCAGAGGCAGAAUGCGCGUCAUGAGGAUGUCGGCGUCGCGUUGGGGGCCGAGGGCGGCGUUGAUGGCGUCCAUGACCACGAAGGGCAGCUCGUUGAGUACAGCCACGUACUCCUUCAGCACCAGCUCACGCCGCUUGCGCUGAAGGGGUGUGUUGGUGGGAAGCACGUUUGUUGAGAGGUCGGCUCCCGCCCGCAGCAGGGACCGCACCAUCAGCUUGCGGUUGCGAAUCCGCUCAGCUGUCUCGUCCCGCAUGUCGUCGCCGUCGUCGUUGUCGUUGUCGUUGUCGUCAAGCAGCUCUUCCAGUUGACUUGCGGCACCCCGGAGCGGCGGGGAAACACCCACCUGUGCAUGGCUGAUGUCAGCGGGAGUGGCGAGACGCUCGCACAGGUAGUCCACCACCCAGUGGCUUGACCAGGUCGUUAUGCCGGCAGCAUACCGCAGGAUAAGACGCAAAUUGGCCGCCGGUAUGGGGUUGCCGUGCUGCACCAGGGUGUCCAUGUACUCGUACGUGAAGGCCUUGGACAGAAGGGGUCGUGAAGUAGCUGCGAGGAGCACCGCAACGCCGCUCUUCGACGGAUCAUGCUGCAGCAGCCGGCGGGCCACACCGAUGAGGGCAUCGCCAUAGGCUUGCGAUGGCCGGAGGGGAGAGAAGCCGUCAAGGGGCAAAGAUAUAUGGUUGACCUGAUUUGUGGCCAACAGCACCUCCACUGCGUCAAUGUUGCCCGUCUCGGACGCCACACGGAUCGGCCGCAUGCCCUCGUGAUCUAGCUCGUGAUCGGGAUAAUGGAAGUUGACGUUGGCCCCGCAGCUGAUGAGCGCCUGAAGUAUGUCCCGCUGCAGUUGGCGUGACGACCACGGUGUGAGCAGCAGGGGCGUCUUGAGGUCCGAAUCCAUCCGCCACACAGAGGGGACGCUGCCGGUCGGGUCGUCAAUCGCCAGCGACAGCAGCGGCACCCACUUGGUGCGUCGAUGGACUCCAGAUGCCUUCUCGCGGAAGCCGACCAGCGCGUCGGGAUUGGCUCCUUUGGUCUGGAUGAGUCGUGUGGCGAUGGCGGGCGUUAGCUCACGGCGCAGAAUACGGUGGACGAGCCGCUUGGUGGCGGGGCCGGUGUCUGUCUGCCAGCAGAGGUCGAUGCCGUCACUCGGUAGAGGCAGCUGGGCGGUGCUAUCGGGCUGAUCGGACAUGGUGAUGGACUACGUCUGCAACACAGGACUCAUCAGUGCUUGCCUUCAUCCCUUGCUGCCAUCUCUUGUGCAUGCAUUUCGUGAAGCGUACCUGAUUGAAUCAACAGUCGAUGUGGUCGCCUGCUGCACUUGAUGCCGUCAC